AUGCUGCCCCUGCGCAGUGGCGCACUCGCUUCGCCUCCCCUACAUUCCUCACUCACGAGCACCGCGGCAGCAGAGCAGCUGGACGCGCGAAUGCAGCCAGGGAACAAGCCAACAUCCCAGAUUUUCGUACAGGGAGACAGAAAAGGUAUCACAGGGGCUGCUUCCUAUGGUGAUGCAGGCGGUGGCGUCGGUAGUGACGACGUCCUCAUGUCUGCCAGCGUCAGCAGCUUCAGCAGCUUCAGCUGCCCAGCUGAACCCUCGGUGUACAGCGGUGCUGAAGUGGGCCUUCACCCAGUCAUGCCGGCCGACAGGUUUAUUUCCUUGCCCUCCACUGUUCAGCUAAAGGAGUCUCUCCUUCCAGAUCACCCGCCGCAGCACCGCCACAGACGGCAAUGGACGCCGCGUCGGGGAUCACUGUGCUCCAGCACACGCACAUGUGGUGCGGUGGAGAGUGCAGUGACAACAGUGCGGGACUGGGUGCGGUCUGCUGGGUGCAGUCCGUCGAAGGAGCCUCGCAGCGCGUCCGUCUCGCGGAGAGAUAGCCUCGCCUCAUCUUUCGCCUCUGCGCUGGUGCCACGAGAUGGGCGAUGGGAGCUGUCGCGUCAGUGGACCACCGGCGCAGACGAAGAUGACGGCGAAGAACGCGAGAGGCGCGCGGAGCUUGGUGGAAGGGCGGCGAAGGCUGGUAGCAGCAGCAGCGGCGGGAGCGCUGUGAACAGCGGACGUGGGUGGGAUGGUGUCGACAGCUGGAGUAGCAGCGAGGCGCAGCUUCAGCCCCCAGAGGGGCUGGAGCUGGCUUGCGCGCCGACAAGCCCUCAGCGGACGCCGUCGUGGCGUCAGCUCCACUCUCACCCAGCGACUAAUGCAACCAUCAACUCGUCAAACAACUCCGUGUCCGCCUCUCGUGGCAACGGCGGCGGUAUCGCUGCCCCCGCCUGUAGCAGUGCGUACACAUUCUCCGCACACAGGAGAAGCGGGCAUAGCACAGGUACGUAUAGUCUCGCUGGUAGAAGUAGCGCUAGCGCUGCCACGGACUGCGGCACAGCAGCUACGCGACUGUCCGGGUGGGGGCCGAAUCGCUGCGGUGGCGACGGUGACGACGAGAGCUACGGAGACCAGCUGUCUCUGUCAGGGGUCUCGUCGCCGUCCCUCGUUACACCACUGCCGAGUCGUCGCACGUCCGCUCCUAUCGCCUCCACUUUGCAAGCCGACGCUCCCAUGCUUUCGUCGUCGCCUGCCUUCACUGCACGUGAGCUUGCCCAGCUGGGAGAGUGGCGCAGCGUUGCAGAGGCUCAACGAAGCGACCUUGCUUCCACAGCGACUCCCACCGUUCUUUCGCCGUGGCCGCAGCGACCCGCAUCCGAGCGGCACGGCGACGGUGAACCGGUGAAUUGGUGUUUAGAGAGCCUAUCUUGCGCGUCCUUCAACACUUCGCUGCCGAACGGACUGUGGAGUGACCGGGAUAGCACCGCGCAGACACCGCUGAACUGGGAGCGGGGUGGCGCUGCGGUGCGGACUGGCGGAGCCUACGGCAGCUCCUGCGCAUCUCCCGCUUGCUGGAGCACCAGUGAGCUAGACGUGAGCGGUGAUGGUGCCCUGCUUGACUGCCGCAGUGGAGGGCGGCGCAGCCCCAUAUCUUCCCCGAUGUCGGUCUCACUAGCCGACAUGAACGGACCGGCCUGUGUGCGACAGGGAAUUCCGUUCCGCAGCCCUCUCACCUCCCCCCCGACGUCUCCGUCCUUUGCGCACCGGGUUCACACAAUGGACCAGGGCUGCGGCAGUGGCGGUGAUGACAGCACAAUGGAGGACAUCGAGAUGAGAAAUACGAAGCGAAAAUGCGUCGAGAGCCCGCGACGGUCCCCAUCGGCGACGCCUCUGAGCGGGUCCUUUGCACUGUCCCUCGCCGAUGCGCUGGCGGCUGCGCCCACGUGCAUAGCGAUGUCCCACGAGGCGCACUUGUGGCAGCAACAGCAACGCCGCCGGAGGACUGUAUCACCGUCUGUGGCCCGUCCAGAUGAGGAGCCGCUGCCUUGUGACGGCGCAGACACGUAUGCCUCGACGCACUACCGCGACCGUAGCACCUUCUCUCCCCCCUCACCCAUCCGAACCACGACGCCAUCCAUGGUCCCGGUGCAUCCUCCGCCGCCACUGGAUACUCCCAUCUCGUCGUCCCUGUUGGCUACCGGUGUGCGAGGGCGGCCGCACAAGACGGGCGGAGGCUCCCUGCACGUCACCUCUGUCGAUGCUGCCGCGGGCGUCUUGGAGAUUUCAGAGAGCUUCACGGGGGUCGUCGUGGAGGUGGAUGCUCAACACGCUGCGUCGCUCUCCAGCUGCGGCUCCGGCGGCAGCGGGGAGGAGCCUGAGGUGGACACGUUCUCACUGGAGCGGGCGCAGGCAGCGAUGGAGGACGCAGACGCCGAAGCUGCGAGCGCGCUGCGUGCACGACAGCAUCGCCUCUACCUCCUCUCCACCUCCCAGUUCGCCCAGGACGUGGAGCGGCACGGCGGCCACGUCGACCCGAUGCAGCUUGAGCUGGAGGCGGAGGCAGAAAGCGAGGAGGAGGGCGAGCAGGAGCGGAGGGAGGAGGGUCGUGCUAGGCGGUCUGCAAAGUCGGAGAGGUUUCCAGGGACCUCAUGCGGGAUCUCUGCAGGACCGCGAGGUGACGGAGCGGCACAGCUGCAAUGGGAGAAAGAUGACGGCCCCCGCUCACGACAGAACGAAAUUGCAGCGGACGAGGAAGGCAAGGUGUUGUCGGCCCCGACAGCUGGGUGCAUUUUUCACCUCCACACUCCGCCCGUUCCUCUUCCCUCCCCCUCGACUGUGUCUUGCGCCACCCCGUCUGCGCACCUGGCGGCUCCCGUGGCGUCAGGUCGGGUGAGCAGAGAGGAGAGCUUUGUCACACCGUUGCGCCGCGGUGCGUGCGUCUCGGCUACAGCUGCCCAUGUGCGAUGGAGCGAGCCGGAGGGGAGCGAGGAUGGACACUCACCAGGCUCCUUAGCCACGACGACGGGCUCGCGGUCGCGCCGGGACGUGUCGCCACCAGUUCGGGAGCGCAGCAUGGCCCCGGCAGAGCUUCAGAAAGAGCGUGAGGGCUACUAG